AUGAAAUCUUCUUUCCUGACAAAGGCUUUACUAUUACUUAGUGUUACAGCUGUCCUUGGUGUUACAGCUUCCGAUUACGAAGAAAAUGUUAUUACUCCAGAGAGUCUAGAUACUCAAGUUGGUAAUAUUACUGAUUUCCCAAGAGAUUCAAAUACAUUGGAUGUCGAUUUACAUCCUGAAUUAUCUGGUAAUUUAUUAUUCCAAAUAUGUUAUAAGGUUACAAUGGCUUUUGUAGCCCUGUUACGUCUAUAUCUAAAAGUAUUGAAUAAUUUAGUUGAUAGAAUGGAUGCAAUCCCAAGUUGUACUCAUUCUUUUAGUACUAUGUAUAAACGUUUCUUCACUAGAUUGAAUUGUAAGAGUGAACAAUAUGCUUUUAGUAACUCAGGUAAAUUUUGGGAUGUUGUCUUUGCAGGUGAAACUAAAGAAUAUGAAUGUGCAGGUGAUAACCAAUGGGAAGAAAUUGAAAAAGUUUUAACUAUUGCGUUCAAUGAAAAUGAUCAAUUCUCUAAAGUUACAUCUUUUUGUUUAAAUUUGAAGUAUGAUGAAGAAUGGUCUGCUUUAGUUAGAUUACAAGUCUCUGCUGAAAAGACUUAUGAUGAUCUAUGGAACAUUCCAUGUGAUGGCGAUAUAUUAUCUUACACUUAUAAUAAAGAAGAAGAUCAAUGGACUAAUGCUCUUGCUAAGAUUUUAUGA